AUGUCUUCCACUCUCGCCACCGUCUACGAGCGCGUCCCCGUCUCCACUCUCACCGAGUCCACCUCUCAGAUCCGCAUCCGGAGCCCUUCCUCCAUCAAUCUCCCCGACGCCCAGUACACCUACGAUGCCGAUGUCUCGGAAAGCGACUCCUACCACGUCCCCGAAAUCGCCCAAUCCCGCGCACUCACUCCAGUCUCCCAUGAAAGCACCAUCCCACGACUCACCAAAAUCCGCAACGACUACAGCGCCGUCGAACUCCUCUCGCAACUUGCCCAGGAAGAGGACAAUUCCACGAAGAUAUUUGCAAGGACUGUCGCGAGCUUCCACGCGCUCAACGAACACUUCACGAACACUCAUCGCGACGCUGCGAACCUGGUACACAUCGAUGACGAAGGACUCGCAAAACUCAGAACGCAAAUCGGGAGGACGGACAUAGAGCACUUAGAAGCGUGGAGGGACUUUGCCAAUUACUCGGAAACACACCCAUCGGCAGCACGCAUCGUCAACACCGCUCAUCGCUAUCAAUUCGGGCCAUCCAUUCACUUCGCCUACUUAUUUAACGACUUCGAACCCAUGCCCAACCCCACGCCAACUCACUCUCGACCGCUCUCAGAACGCAUCACAUCUUCGUUGUCCAGCCAGUCCUUUCUCGCGUCCAACCAGUCCUUUCGGUCCUUUCGGGACCAACCAUCCCCUUCGACGAGCAUGCCGUCUCCCCCAUCGUAUGAGUCCAACAGCCACAUCGCCACCAAGAAGUCGGUCCGCUUCUCCACCCAACACAAAUCCCUCGAUCAUUACGAUCCCGGAUGGACGUCCCCGAGCGCUCUCUCGGAUUGGACAACUCCUGCGAAGGUUUCAAAGAGGCAGCUCAAGCGCAAACGCCGCUGUCGCAACAGGCAGUCGAAGCCACUCAUAGUCAUCAAGAAGGCUCUCGAGGAGGCAGUCGCGAAGGUUCAGGAGGAGAUCUGGGCCCUUAACUAA